UGGGACACAGGAAGAUGAAACAGCAAAAAUGUUCUAGAAUCCCUCUUUCACUUGGGUAGUUUAGCUACAUAAUUUCACAAAAAGCAAGUGAAAAAAACUGCUCGUUACCAGGUCGUGUAAGUUGUCUAAAAGCUAGUUAUAUAAAAUGCUUCUGCAAUGUAUUAAGAGUGCCCAUAUCGUGGUCAUGGAAUUUAAAUGGCCCUUGUCUGGCUACUUUAGCUAGGUAACGUUAGCUGAAUAGCGGAGCCAAGGCGUUAUGCCAUAACAGACAUAGACAGCUUGCAUCGUAGAAUGUAACUUAAUUCCAUUCAUUUCUACUAGAUUGUGUCGGUUCAAUUGAUCUGUUAGGUUCGAGCCUUCAUCGACCAUGGCAUGGUUCAUAUGUGUCGUCAUACUUUUGCUCUGCUCGAAAAGUGAGCAGUGCACCACUGGAAAUGCCUCAAAACUCAUUGAACACACAGCUGACCAUUUUUUCGAGAAAAUGCAAUCAGGAAAGAUGUAUUUUAUAUACUUUGGAAAACAAGGUAAGUGACAUUAACAGGUGAGAAAAAUAUGAGCCCCCAAGAUGCCCUGUAGACUUGCUGGUGGACAUAUUGCACUGAAUACUCUAACAAUUGCAGUUCACGACCCUUGCUCAGGUAGGGACAUUAAUCUCCCCAAAGUGUCUGGAAGGCCCGGGUUCAAGACUUGCAAGGGGCGUUGCACUAGCACCAUUUGCUAAAUUGGUGUCAGGAGUUGGAUGGGACCCUUGAGGCCCUCGGAGAGGCGCACGCGAGGAGGGAUUUAGUAUGUAACGAACGACGAUAGUGCAACACACUUGCGUGUCUCAAACCAGGGUUUCUCAGCCUGCAGGCAAACUCGCUAGCCACUGCUCUAAUAGGGUUAACUCACUCUGAGCCUACCUAGGUAUGGGUUAAUAAAAUACUAAAUUGUAUUGUAAUGACCCUAGUUAAUAAUUGCCAUACUACCUUCCCCAUGGGGAUUAUAUCAUAAUUGUUGUUGUGGUUAUUGGUUAGGGCAUUUGUCAUUGGGUUCACUGCUCGCUAGUUACCUCGUGCUAUUUCCUUGUUUCAUUACAGUAUGUUUGCCUUUUGUAGUGCAGUUGAAUAAUGUAUUUAACACAAUUGUUUACUAUUCUAACCCCACAGUUUAUAAUUCCAUUUCUUUUUCUUUUUGAUUACAAGUCAAUCCAACCAUAGGUCUCUUCAUUGAACAGCUGGAGAAGUCUGCAGAUGCUCUAGAAGAUUAUGGUAUUUCAGUUGCUAUGGGGUGGCAAUGUCCUGAAGAGUUUCGACACAGACACCGUCUUCGACGUGAACGCCAUAGUGUCUCACGUUCUCUUCACUGUGCUUUUUGACGAGGUGAGGUACGUCCAUACAAUUGCUGAGCUACAGUCAGUGGAGAGGGCAGCUAAAGGCAAGGCUGACAUUGUGCUAGGCCAUGUCCAGGUCUUGGGCUUACCAGAGCACCGAGCGUUGAUGGAGACAGCGUUUGUGUACGGAGUCAAGUACCAGUUUGUGCUGACCACAGGAGGCCCAGUGCUGACGAACAUGGGGGUGGAGGAUAUUUCAUCUCUGACAGCAGGUCUGUGGUUCCUGCACUGUAAGGGUGCGUCCCAGUCCCAGCACUCAGACCCCUGUCCACACACGGCCCUAAGGAGAGCCCUCACCACCCUCCACAUCUACACUUUCCUCCAGCUGAUGGAAGCCCCACUGGUGGUGAGAAGCCAGAGUGAGGCCUCAGUGGAGCCCUCAGAGGUGAACAUGGUCCACAGCCACCUCCAGGUGCCCCUGCUCUUCCUCUUCUCUCAGCCCCACACGGUGGCCCUUGACCGGGUCACUGCCCAAACUCUAGCCUGGAGGCUGAGAGGCCAGGUGGGCCUGGUGCUCAUCCACAGGGAGAGUCCUGAUGUAAAAAUCCCACUGGAAUACAAUGCUGCUUACAGACUACCAGGAGAGGGUUCAGAGGUCAAGUACCUGAUUCUGAACAACCUAGAGGAGGUUAUCGACCUGUUCAGAGAUGAGAGCACUCCAGAGGAGGAAGAGGACGAUGAUAAUUGGGCUACUCUUGAUGUGCUUGAUGAUGAGGUGGCGGAGUCUGUGUACAGAGACAGGGGCCAGAGUCUGGACAUGGAUGCUGUCACAGAACUCACUGCUGACAUUUUCCACAGCGCAGUGGCAGAGAGUGACUACACGGUGGUGCUGUUUUAUGUGAAAUGGGAUGCUGUCUCCAUGGCUUUCAUGCAGUCCUACAUAGAGGUGUCAGAAUCCCUAGAAGACGCUGACGUCAGCGACGUUGAGCUGGCUGUGCUGGAUUGUGGGGAGUGGACUGACGUGUGCAGCGCUCAGAAAAUCAGCUUCUUUCCCACCGUCCGUCUGUACCGCCCACAGGAGCCUAGCCAGCCCUACCAAGGCAUGCUGGGUACUGAGAGCCUGAACAGGUUCAUCAUGCUGAGUCGUCUGGUGUCCCCUGUCCUCCUGUCCUCUCCUGAUGAGGUGACAUCAUUCCUGAAGGGGGACCUGUACCAGCGACAUGCAGCUAUCGCCCCCGUCACAGUACUAGGCCUGUUCAGCUCCACAGCAGACGCAGGUGUGUCAGUGUUCAAGGAAGCAGCAAAAGCACUCAGAGGAGAGACGAUGGUCGGGUUGUUUGCUGACAGACAGGCAGAAAUAUGGGCUGUGGAGUAUUCUGUGACGCUGCCUGCCAUUCUGGUGUCACGAGGACCUACAGGCCAAACUGAGGCUCAUUCUCUCAACCUCUCCAUGCCGGACCAACUGGUCACACACAUCCAGAGAGCAUUACUGGAUACAUUUCCGGAAUUGACAGUGGAGAACCUGCCCCUGUAUCUGGAGCUAAAAAAACAACUUCUGGUGCUGUUUGUGGGAGAAGAGGAGAGGGGGAGGAAAGAGAACAGAGUAUUGGAGGAUAUGAGGAGUCUGCUGAACACAGGACUGAUCAACCCCUACCUGCCCUGCUGGAUCCACCUGGGUCGUACCCCUGCAGGUAAGGCUGUCCUGGAGGCAUACCUGGGUUUCCUGCCCCUGCUUCCUGCCCUGGUGGUCUCCCAGCUGGCCACAGGAGGAGAGGUCUUCCACUACCCCACUGGCAGACCCCUAAUGGUACAGCCCAUUCUGCAGUGGCUACAGAGAGUGGAGGAUGGUGAAGAACCACCUACAGGUGUGAUCGUGGAUGAGAAAUGGAUGCCCUCCAUGCCCUUCUACGACUUCCUGUCCGUCAUGGACCAGGAAGUACCGGGCUAUGCCUCCCAGAGGAGCGCUAAGACUAAAACAAGCCGGAUUGAGAGAGCAGAGGGAGAGAAGAGCAGCAGUGGUGAAAGACAAGCCCGAGCUGGAGCACACAACCCCCAAGGGUCACCCACCACCAAGCCUCCACAGACGCCUCACCACCACUCUGAGCUAUGAGGGGGCUAGAACAGCAGCCCUGAAUUCUAAAGGCUUGAGGAAACCAAUGACUGCUUAGAUCAGAAUCACCUCUAACUGAUAAGCGACACUGAAGCUAUUAGAUAGUGAUAGCUUUAUGGGCUGUGAGAUCCACUGAGCUUCCUAGUAUGUGGUUUAGCUGUUUUACAGUGCAUUGGGAAUGUAUUCACACCCCUUGUCUUUUUCCACAUUUUGUUCUAUUACAGCCUUAUUCUAAAAUGGACUGAAAACAUCCUCAUCAAUCUACACACAAUACCCCAU